AAUUUAUUGUGAAUAACUGUAAUUGUUUUUUGGUGUUUUUUGUUGUUGUUGGUUAAGUUGUUGUGUGUGUAAAAUGAUUUGCCCGAAACGCACAUCGGAGCUGCUGGAUUUGCAUUUGGCGCCGUUUAAGGAUAAGGAUCCUGCGUGGGAGGUCGGCGUCUCGAAGAUCGCCGGCCGUGGCGUCAUGGCCACGCGCAAUCUCAAGCGUGGCGACAUCAUCUUCACCGACAGCCCACUGCUCAUUGGGCUGGCUGCUCACGAGGAGGACUCACUGAAUGGCUGCAGCGUUUGCUUCAAGGCGCUGCCCGAUACGCGCUUCAUGUGCCGCCAGGGCUGCGGCCUGCCCGUCUGCGCUCUGUGCGCCAAGAAGAAGCAGCACAAGACCGACUGCGACAUGUUCAAGGCCUGGGGGCCCAACGAGCCCGACGUGGCCAAUUCGGUGAUGAUUCGCUUGCUGUGCGUGGCGCGUGCCAUCAACUUGAGCAAAGAUGAGCGCGAUCUGAUCUAUUGCCUGCAGGCCAAUUUGGAUAACAAUCAUCGCACCGAGGUGCGCAAUGCCGCCAAGUGCUUCAAGAGCUUCCCCACCGACAAGAAGAUCAUCGAGAUCAUGAACCGCACUGUGGCCGUACUCCGUACGAAUGGAUUCGACAAGACCAGCGAUCGCACCACCGACAAUCAGGAAUUCAGCUAUCGUGCUCUCUAUCCGCUCUUCGGCGUUAUGAAUCACGAUUGCAUUCCCAACUCCUACUACACCUUCGAUGAGAAGACCAACAAUAUGAUCGUUCAUGCCGCUGUGGACAUCCUCGAGGGCGAGGAGAUCACCACGACCUAUACGAAGCUCUUCACCGGCAACAUUGCCAGGCAUCUGUUUCUCAAAAUGAAGAAGGGAUUCACAUGCAAGUGCUCCCGGUGCACAGAUCCAACGGAGAAAGGCGCCUACAUAUCUGGUCUCUAUUGUCGGGACACCAACUGCACUGGUCUGGUAGUGCCGGAAAUAACGGGACUGCCGCAUCCGAAUUGGAACUGCUUGGUCUGCAAGCAAAAGUCGACGCAUGCACAGAUGAUGAAAUCGCAGGACUUCGCCAGCGGCGCCAUCAACGCCAAGGCGAAUUCGAAUUCGCUGCGCACCUUGGUGCACUAUCUGAACGAGAAGAGCGACAGCUUUAUACCCAACAGCAACUAUGUGGUGAUCGAUGCCAAGAUGUCGGUGUUGAAUCGGCUGAAGCAGGGACGCGAGGAUUGCAAUGAUGAGCUGGUGGCCAGCACCAGGCUGCGCUACAGUCGCGACAUAACGCAGAUAAUGGACAAGCUGGGUUUGGGGGAUUCGCUGCUGCGCACACAGCUGGAGAAGCAGCUGCGUCAGGAGGAGGAGCGUCGCGCCAAGAAGCAGCAGGAACAGGCCGAAAAGAAGCGCCAGCUGGCGGAAUUGGAGCUAAAGGCAGCGGAGGCUGACAAGCUGCUGGAAGCUUUGGCAGCGGAGGGUGCAACGGCGGCGGCGGCUGCGGCUGUGGCUGCUCCAGAGCCAGCUCCGGAGCAAGCUUAAUAUCAAAUUGAAUUAUUUGUAUUUAUUUAUAAUCAAUUAUAAAAUUGUAUAUGUAUAUGUGUAUUAUGGAUCUAUGUAUGUAUGUAUAUAUAUGUGUGUGUCUCUCUAUAUAAAAAUACAUGCAACAACUGUUUUAAUGUUUCA